CCGUCCCCCAAUUCAGUCCGGGCGCCGAGACAGAUUGGAGUUUCCACGGGAGUGGCUCCAGUAGCACAACUCAGGCGGUGGCUGAUCUCUGAGUCGAUGUCUGCCUUUGAGGAGAGAACGCUGACAAGUGCAGGGUGCUUGGACUCAGGGUACUGAAGCAGUUUUGAGAGCUUCGUUGCCUCAUUAGACAGCCUCUGGGCCCGAACUCCAGCGUCCCGCCCGCAUACCGCCAGACGCCUUGGCCAGGCGCGGCUGGUCAUGGUUGGAUGAGAGGACAAGGUCAGGGCCGGAGGUCCCCGUACCGGGGCCGCGGCAGUCGCAGUCCAGAGAGAGCGACCCACCGAGCGAGGAUUGCGACAGGACGCACACCCGGCCUCCUUGUAGCCCGCUGCGGACGCCAGAUGAGAUGGAGAUGCCGGUUGCUGCCAGACUGAACUCCAGAAAGAGGAGGCAGGACGGAUCAGGUCCCAAUGGCACCACCAACGAUGACCCCAUCCCAUUGAAAAUCCCGCGACCGGCCCUUUCAAUGCCGGCUCCUUUCGCAAAUGAGAAUGGAAUGAGAACGGAGAAGCCAUAUCAGCGUGUGACGUUUGAAGAGGCAAAAGCUGGGACCUCCUGGGAUCGCCCAGUACGAGUUUAUGCUGACGGUAUCUUUGAUCUCUUUCACUCUGGCCAUGCAAGGGCACUAAUGCAGGCAAAGAGCCUUUUUCCAAACACAUUUCUAAUUGUGGGAGUGUGCAACGAUGACCUGACCCACCAGUUCAAAGGGUUCACUGUGAUGAAUGAGGCGGAGAGGUAUGAUGCAGUCAGGCAUUGCCGCUAUGUCGACGAGGUGGUCCGGAACGCACCCUGGUCACUGUCUCCCGAGUUCCUCGAGAUGCACAGGAUCGACUUUGUAGCUCAUGAUGAUAUCCCAUAUUCCUCUGCAGGAAGUGAUGAUGUUUACAAACACAUUAAAGAUGCAGGGAUGUUUGCCCCGACACAGAGAACAGAAGGGAUCUCCACAUCGGACAUCAUUACCAGAAUAGUGCGUGAUUAUGAUGUGUAUGUGCGGCGGAACCUGCAACGUGGUUAUACUGCCAAAGAGCUGAAUGUCAGCUUUAUAAACGAGAAGAAGUACAACCUACAAGAGCGUGUCGAUAAAGUCAAGCAGAAGGUUAAGGAUGUGGAAGAAAAGUCCAAGGAGUUUGUGCAGAAAGUUGAGGAGAAGAGCAUUGACCUGAUUCAAAAAUGGGAGGAAAAGUCGAGGGAAUUCAUUGGAAACUUCUUGGAAAUGUUUGGCCCUGAGGGAGCCUUGAAACACAUGCUGAAGGAGGGCAAAGGCCGAAUGCUACAAGUCAUCACUCCGAAACAGAGCCCGAGCAGCAGCCCGACCCGGGAGCGGUCCCCCUCGCCCUCUUUCCGGUGGCCCUUCUCCAAGACCUCCCCGCCCUGCUCGCCCAAGUCAGACCUGGAUGCAACCGGCUACAAUACCAGUGAUGAUGAAACCGAGUAACGGUGCUACACCCUCUCUCUCUUUCUCUUCCUCCUUCCCAAGGUCUUCACUACUGCACCCCAGCCACUCCCCCUCUUUCCCUCAAUUCCUUCUGGUUGUCCAAGAGGCUGCAGUAAUGGGACACGUAUUCCUUCACAGAUCUGAACAAGCAGGGUUAAGUUGGACUUGGGAACUAAAACAACCAUUUUUCCACAGAGAAACAGCUCAAAAACUAUGCAAACUGCUUUUUUUUUUCUUUUUAAGCAUAUUAAACUAAUUAAAAAGAAAAUUCCUUGAAAAGAUCACAAGGAAAAAUAGCUUUUCUUUGAUAUUUUAGCCUUGCGCCUCAGCAUCUCUCAAGAGCUGGGGUUGGAGAUCAGAACAUUUGUGUAUCUUUGGGGGGGUGGGGGGGUGGCCAGAAAUGUACCUAUCUUUCCAACUCAGUGUAGGGAUAUUUCAAACACUCCCCACUGCUGCAAUUGACCCUACAGGACCACGUACCAUGUCAUGGAGGGAUUAAUGCAUUCCGAUCCCAGACCAGCUGAAUUGCUUCAAAAUUCACAGCAAAUUUAUUAUCGAGGUAUGUGUACUCACUUAUGGCUGUCACGCCUACUGGGACAUAGACGUCAACAGCAGCUCACCAGUGUCUUCUGCCCUGGGCCAGUCUUUCAUGUAGCCCAUCUUCUUUGUGUCUAAGAUCGUCCGCUCCCAGGAGUGAGGUCUUUGUUGGAGCUUCUGUUGCCGUUUCUGUAGCUUUGGGUUUUUAUGUGGUGGGGUUUCUAACCCAUGCCCAACCCUCCUCCUCCUGCAGCUGGGCUGGGGACCACCUGUCACGGGUUUAAAGUAUGUAUAUGUCACCAUAUACCAGCCUGAUUCAUUUUCUUGUGGGCAUUCACAGUAAAUACAAAGAAACCCAAUAGAAUUAAUGACCGACAUACAGCCAAUGUGAAGGACAACAAAUGGUGCAAAUACAAAUAGAAAAACAAAAUAAGAGGUAAAUACGUAAAUAAAUAAUAUUGAGAACAUGAGUUGUAGAGUCCUUAAAGUGAGUCUGUAGGUUGUGGAAUCAGUUCAUUGUUGAGGUGAGUGAAGUUAUUCACACCGGUUCAGGAGCCUGCUGGUUGAGGGGUAAUAAUUGUUCCUCAACCUGCUGGUAUGGGACCUAAGGCUCCUGUACUUCCACUGGUGUAGUCAGCAGCGAGAAGAGAUCAUGGCCUGGAUGGUGGAUGAUGUUUUUUCUGUAGAUGUGCUCAGUGUGGGGAGGUAUCGCACAGAUAAGUGGAGCUGCUUUAGAUGAGAGUACGAUACCACCGACUGCAGGGUGCUGGGAAAGUGUGGAAGGGGAUUCUGAAACUGGAGCAUGUGGUACUGAUGACCAAGAACAGAGGGCAGGAGCAGUGCUGUCGAUAUUCUAGGGAGCACAGAACCUCAACCAUGUGUGACGUGAGAGGAGAGGGAGCCAGAGUUGUGGGGAGAGAUUCUUAGAUCUUAGAACAGUACAGCACAGGAACAGGCCCUUUGGCCCACAAUGUUGUGCUGAGUCGAUUAAAUCAGUAAUCAAAUGGCCAGCUAAACCUAUCUCUUCUGCCUACACGGAGUCCACAUCCUUCCAUAUUUUUCACAUUCAUGUGUCUAUCUAAAUGUCUCUUAAAAGUCUCUAAUGUAUCUGCCUCUACCACCAUUCCUAGCACCCACCCCUCUCUGUGUGUAAAAAAAAAACAACUUGCCUCUGACAUCUUUAAAAUUGCCCCCUCUUACCUUAAAUACAUGCCCUAUGGUAUUAGACAUUUCAACCCUGUGGAAAAGAUACUGCCGCGCUAUCUAUGGCUCUCAUAAGCACCUAUCAGAUCUCCCUUCAGCCUCUGCCAUUCCAGAAAGAAAUGCAAGUUUGUCAAACCUCUCUUUAUAGCACGUUCCCACCUAUCCAGACAGCAUCUUGUGCACCCUCUACAAAGCCUGGACAUCCUUCCUAUAAUGGGACGACCAGAACUCUAUGCAAUACUCCAGAAGCAGCCUAACAACAGAUCUCCCCUCAGCUUCUGCCGUUCCAGAGGAAAAGACACUGUCUAUCUAAUCUAUCCAAGCAUGCUGGAGAUGAAGGGGACAGAAGCCAGCAUGUAGGGGAGAGUGGAAGGAGUACAAUCUGCUUUCCUUUCCAGUCCGGAUGAAGGGUCUCAGCCUGAAACAUUAACUGUUUAUUUAUUUCCAUAGAUGCUGCCUGACCUGCUAGGUUCCUCCAGCAUUUUGUGUGUGUUGCUCUGGAUUUCCAGGAUCUGCACGAUCUUUUGUGCUUAUUGUUAGGAAUCUGUGUGUUUUUUUAAAAAAAACUCUGCACUUAUUUGAAAUUAAAAACUCUCAUCGUAAAUGCAUGCCCUCAGCCCCUCUUCAGCAUCCAGGAUGAUUCCCCUUCCUGGACAAUAUUUGGCUGUCAUCAGAGUGCUGCCAGAGGCGGUGGGGGGGGUGGGUUAGGAGGACAGGGCCGUGAGUGGAUGCAGUUUGCCCAGGCAGGCUGCUCUGUGCACUGAGAGGGCUGUUGGUGGGUCUCCACCCAGCUAACAAGAGUCACCUGCCACAUGUUUCCAACUCGUCACCUGCAACCUAUUUAAACCCAGCCCUCAGCUUCAAUCUUUGUUCACUCAUCUGGUCAGGAAAUGUUCGGGAGGCAUGACCCAAAAGCAAACUAGUGGGAAUGUUUUAGUGGUGAGCAAUACCAACUGCAAAAUAACAAGCCACAAGGAGCCACAAAAGAGACACUAGAUUUAUUUAUUUAUUUAUCUAUUUAUUUAUUGAGAGAUAUAGCGUGGAAUGGGCACUUCCAGCCCUUCGAGCUGCACUGCCUAGCAACCCCGAUUUAACCUGAACGUAAUCACGGGACAGUUUACAAUGACUAAUUAACUUACUAACUGGGAUGUCUUUGGACUGUGCAAAGAAAGUAGAGCACCUGGAGAAAUACCAUGUGGUUCACAGGGAGGGCAUACAAUCUCCUUAUAGUGGAUACCAGGAUUGAUCUCCGAUGCCUCGAGCUGUAAUAGUAUUAUGCUAACCAUUACACCGCUGUGGUGCCUUCAUUGGCAACAAAGCAACGGAAAGCUAAGGGCAAAUGGUUGAUGCUGGCUGGUUUGAUGAGUGAACAGGGAUUGUGGAUGAGAUCUGGGUUUAAAUAGGCUGCAGGUGAUGAGUUGGAAAUGACUGGCAGGUGACUCCUUUUAGCUUGAUCUUGGCCCAAAACGUGGACUGUUUACUUCUCUUCAUAGAUGCCUCCUGACCUGCUGUGUUCCUCCAGUAUUUUGUGUGUGUUACCAGCAUCUGCAGAGUCUCUUGUGUAUGCAAGGCACCUACAAAUCCUUUAAUAUACAUUGACUAUAUCUUUAAAUCUGUAUCUUCAGGGUCUUUGGAGACCAUUAACUUAACUCGCUGCAUGUUCAGUAGGUGUUGCUGGUUGGUGCAGUGUAUAUUUAAGGCGGUUUAUCAAAGCAAGUUGAACAUUAUAGUUGUAGAGCCAUUAUUCGAGUUGAGUGCGAUGUUCUCUUAUUGGUGGGUCCUCAGGUGGCUGUAGAGGCCGAUCUGGGAUCCACAUGUUCUGUUGCCCUGUGGGCACGAGUAAGUGGUGGCUGUGGUUCGUGGUUGGUUCAGCGUCACCUUUCACAGCUGCCUCUCGUUCUCUGUGGCACAGCGGAGGUCGCUCCCACGUAGUGCAGUUGCCUGUUGAGCAGAUUUCCUUCAAGUGUAUCUACUGGGUGCCAUGUCUCCCCAGUCUUUAUUGUGUUGAAUUUCUUAAGAUCUAUUUUGAUGUUAUCUUUAAAGUGUUUCCUUUACCCACCAGGGGCUCGCUGACCUUCCUUCAACUGUGAGUAGCCAUUUGUUACUGGUGUUAUUGAAGGAUGUUUGCAGGCGAGAGGAGUGCGUGCAGUCUGGUAGGUGUUGGAUUCAGAUGUUCCCUUCAGUAGUCGGGAAAGAGGCACAAAACCUGUUGCUUAAUGCUUGGCUUAGUAAGCGUAGAUAGAAGAAAGGAAAAUUGAAAAAUCGAAUCACAGAGUAACAGGACCAGAAACUAUAAAUAUGAGAUUCUGCAGAUGCUAGAAAUCUCACCAACGCACACAAAGUGCAGCAUGUACGGAAAGGAAUAAGCAGACAAUGUUUUGGGCUGAGACCCUUCAUCAAGACUGGAGAAGAAGCUAGUAGCAGAGGACAGAACCAGGACUUGCAGCAUGGUCAACGCCAGUGUCUGAGGCACAGCGAGGGUGUCUAAGACUUUUGCACAGUACUGUAUUUAUCAAUGUGGAGCGGAGAGGGAGUUUUUUAAUCUGGCGGGAGCAAUGAAUGUUGGGAAUGAUGAGGGAAGAGCACGGUGGGAAGGGUGUGGGACAAGUGGCAGAGAAGGAGUGCCAGGGGCAGCGAGUGUGUGGAUACAGACACACCCAGCCCUGAGACACCAGGCAGGGUGAUCUGAUUCCAAACAAUUGGCUUUUUGAUCAUUACAGAAUGUCUCUCUGGUGCUUCCUGCUCCCUCACCACUCCCUCCCCUUUUUCCCAACCAUGAUUCCCCUCUCCCUCCCUCCAUCCCACUCUCUGUCCACAAUGGAGACCCAUAUCAGAAUCAGGUUUAUCGUCACUCAAAUAGGUCAUGAAACACUUUUUUGCGCUAGCAGUACAAUGCAAUGCAUAAAAUUACCACAGUGUUGUGUAAAAGUCUUAAGCACUCUAGCUAUCAAUCUAAUAUAUAUAUAUAUUUGCAAGGAAACUAAGAAUUAAACAGUUGGAUCCAACAUAGGUGAUGGGAAUCCACUCUGUAUCUACCUAGACCCUCUGCACAAGUUUACAUAAAUGAAAACGGAGAUACAAUUGCACCUUGUAUGUGUACAGCUGGUUCAUGCUGGACCUUAACUGAACAUCAGGACGUGGCGAUUUUGAUUCCGACCCCUCAUAGUUAUUGACAACUGAAACUUCCCUGGAUGUCAAUGAACUUUUUAAUCACCACCAGGAAUCCCUUUGCUACAUAGAAGCAUAGAAAAUAAGUGCAGGAGUAGGCCAUUCGGCCCUUUGAGCCUGCACCACCAUUCAGUAUGAUCAUGGCUGAUCAUCCAACUCAAAACCCUGUACCUGCUUUCUCUCCAUACCCCCUGAUCCCUUUAGCCACAAGGGCCAUAUCUAACUUCCUCUUAAAUAUAGCCAAUGAACCGGCCUCAACUGUUUCCUGUGGCAGAGAAUUCCACAGAUUCACCAGUCUCUGUGUGAAGAAAUUUCUCCUCAUCUUGGUCCUAAAAGGCUUCCCCUUUAUCCUUAAACUGUGACACCCUCCUUCUGGACUUCCCCAACAUCGGAAACAAUCUUCCUGCAUCUAGCCUGUCCAAUCCCUUUAGAGUUUUAUACGUUUCAAUAAUAUCCCCCCUCAAUCUUCUAAAUUCCAGUGAGUAUAAGCCUAGAUCCAGUCUUUCUUCAUAUGAAAGUCCUGUCAUCCCAGGAAUCAAUCUGGUGAACCUUCUUUGUACUCCCUCUAUGGCAAAAAUGUCUUUCCUCAGAUUAGGGGACCAAAACUGCACACAAUACUCUCAUGAGUGUGUGAUGGUGUUAAGUGUCUUGAGAAAUCACCAGCCCCCUAUAAGGCGCCAUGGUAGUGAAGCGGCUAGCCUGUUACAGCUCGGGGCAUUCUGCAUUUCAAUACUGGUGCUGUUCUGAAAGGAGUCUCUGUGUCUAGGUCCUUCUGUUUCCUUUCACAGUCUAAAGGUGUACUGGGUAGGUUAACCUGUCGUUGUAAAUUGUCCUGUAAUUAGGUAAUGGUUAAUCAGGUUUGUUGGGGGUUGUUGGAAUGGUGUGGGCCAAAGGGAUGGAAAGGCCUACUCCGCAUUGUAUCGCUAAAUAAAAUAAAAUAAAAACACUACGAAUAUUGCAGGGGAGGUUUCCCUGUCACAAGGAUUUGGAACAUGAACACAAGAGGAUGUCACAGUAGCGUAGUGGUUAGCAUGACGAUGUUACAGCCCAGGGCUUUUGGAGUUCAGAGUUCAAUUCCAGUGCCAUCUGGAAGGAAUUUGUUAGUUUCCCCGUGAACCGCUGUCCACAUGGCAUGCUGGUUCGUAGGUUAAUUGGUCGUCGUAAUUUGUCCUGUCAGGGUGGAUUGCUGGGUGGAAGAGUUUGUUCACCACUGUAUCUCAAUAAAAGACUGCAAACAGAAGCGACACACACAAGAUGCUGGAGGAACUCAGCAGGUCAGACAGCAUUUGCAGAAAGGAAUAAAGAGUCGAUGUUUCAGGCUGAGCCUUUCCAACAGGACUCCGAAACACUGACGCUUUUUGCCUUUCUACGGAUGCUCUCUGACCUGCUGAGUUCCUCCAGUAUUCUGUGUUACUCUGGAUCUCGUGUUAAAGAUUCUGCAAAUACUGGAACUCCAGAGUAAUACCCUCAAAAUGCUGGAACAGCUCACCAGGUCUGACACAAGUUGUCAGAUUCUGAAACUAUGGUCCUGUUUAAUUUAUGACAUCUUGAGAUUCUGUCAAAGUUUCACUCUAUAUUUUUUAAUUAAAGCAAGUUUUUUAACACACCUGCACUGCGGAUGGCUGAAGGAGAGUAGUAUUAUCAGUGUGUUCCAGUAGCAUGGGUGCAUAGCACUGCCUAGUCUUCUGCUCUGAACUAGGCUUAAAAAGCAGUGUAGUGCCUCUCCCAAGGAACUGGAGGGUGUACUUUGUAGCCAGUACAGUUGUCACUGUGAUAAUGUUGGAGAAGAGAGAACACUGUGAGUGCUGAGCGGGGUCAGUAGUCUCUGUGUGUCCAAUCCUGCAACCCCAUCCCUCUGUUCCCCUCCCUCCCCACCUCACAUAUUCCCCUGUGUUUGUCCCCUGCAGCCUCCCCCUCCCUCUUUCUAUCACAGCACAAUUCUAUUAUAGCUCAGGGUGUCAGAGUUCAGAGUUCAAUUCCGAUGUCAUCUGUAAAGUGUCUCUACGUCCUCCCCCGUGGAUAUGUGUGUUUCCUCCGGGUGCUCUGGUUUCCUCCCACUGUCCAAUGAUAUAUCGGUUAGUAGGUUAAUUAGUCAUUGUAAAUUGUCCUGUGGUUAGGCUGGGGUUGCUGGCAGCAUGGCCUAUUCCGCCCUGUAUCUCUGAAUGAAGUAGAAUAUGUUUCUGUCACCAUGUCCUGCCGCCCAAGUUCAGCCACAGCCUGGAACCAGGCUCCCCAGCCGCAGUAUCACUGAUCACCAGCCUCACGGACGUUACUUGGUGACUGUGCCAGUCCCCUCAUAGCGGCGAGCUUGAGAAGGGGUGACAGUCAGGUGGAUAGACUCUGAAAUUGGCCAGGAGUUCUCUGGGAAGGCAGGACUUGGCAAGGCAGCAGUCUGUCGAAUCGUAAGCAGCCUGUAUCCAAUGGAGAGGCCCAGGGCUUCCUGUCCCACCACGGAAGCACCAUUUGGGUAUUGUGGAUGGGGUCGGUGGUCUCCAGUUAACAGUGAAGACCAAGGUUUGGGACAGUGGUUCAGUCCACUCAGUGGGGUGGGGAAGAGUUGGUGUGGCAAUGUGAACUUGUCUAUUUUUAAUUUAUGCAAUAGCCAAACACUGUUUCUUGUGGAUUGUUUUAAUGUGAGUUUAAAAAAAACUUGUUUAAAAAAAAAGUCCAUCUUUUUACAAUCGUUAAGACUUCUGGUUCAACUUCAGAGGGGAAGGGUGUAAUUUUCCAAGAUUGAAACACGAAGGUUUAUGGGUUUGGCUCCGAACUGAGAUAUUUGUUACAAAGUUUAAUGUUGUAAGUAAGGAGUCAGUGCUGAUCUUUUAAUCAACUUGCGGCUGUUAAAUAGUGAGAAAUUGUCAGAUUAAAUUGCAGUGUUAUAUUCUGCCUCUCUUCUG